GCUCACGCUCACAGUUCCCUUCCAAGCGGCGAGCAUGGCCAGACUGGAUGUGACAGAGACCUUCCACAACAUCGCCUUCCCUGGACACCUGCACACUCAGGAGUCUCUCCACUACGCCGUCAAUUUCCAGUUCCAGGACACAGACACGCUCAUUGUAUCGUACCCCAAGUCUGGCACUACCUGGAUGCAGCAGAUUCUGACACUUUUGUACAGUCAGGGUGAUGAAACCGUGUCCCGCACCGUCCCAAACUGGGCACGGGCACCGUGGCUGGAGCAGUACUACUUCCCCAAAGUUCUGGAGAUGCUAAAGGAGCCGCGGAUCAUCACCACCCAUCUGCCGUACCACCUGCUAGCUCCCGUCCUCGAGGGAUCUAAGGCCAAGGUAAUUUAUGUUGCUAGGAAUCCAAAAGAUGUCGCUGUGUCUUUUUAUCACUUCCACAAAAUGGCCAACUUCUUACCCGACCCUAAAUCCUUCGAGGAGUUCCUGGAACAUUUUCUUGAGGGAACUGUCAAUUAUGGUUCCUGGUUUGAUCAUGUGAAGGGCUGGACCAGUUCGGGAAGAAACAAUCUGAACUUUCUCUACAUAACUUAUGAGGAGAUGUGGGAGGACCUCGAAGGUUCGCUGGAGAAGAUCAGCACUUUCCUCCACCGCCCCCUGAUGUUGGGUGACAUGCAGAAGAUUCAGAAGCACUGCACCUUCACCAGUAUGAGCAAGAAUCCUAUGGUGAAUUACACCACAGUCGACAAGGAGAUCAUGGACCAUAGCAAGGGGCAGUUCAUGAGAAAGGGGAAAGUCGGGGAUUGGAAGAGCACCUUUACCCCAGAGCAGAAUCAACGUUUCGAAAAUAUCUUCAGUUCAAAAAUGAAGAAUUCACACCUGAAGUUCACCUGGUAUAUCCAAAGUGACCAAUCAUCGCAGUGGAGAAAUCCACCACUGUUCUGGCCUCCUAAGUCUCAAAACUCAACCUUUCGAGCGAACGGGUGUUGUGCAGACACGAGUGUGUAGAGAGGAUGGGUUCUCUGCUUGCGAUACAUGUAAGGCAAGAUAAGACCAAUUCAGUUAAUUUAUAUAAUUCUCUUGAGAUUUAUUAUCAGUUUAUUUAUUAUUAUUUUUAUUGAAAAU